UGAAGGGUCUGUGUGUGUUGUUGGAAAAUUAAAAACAUUCAUCUACGAUGAGCAGAUCAAUUUUAACCCUAAUUUGAAUGAAAAAGGUCUCAGAUGUUUGUCUGACCAAUUUGGCAGAAAGGCAAUUAUUGUUGCUGGCACAAUACAUCAAGGUAGCAACGUUGGUUUGUUUGAACAGCAGUUAGGACUCGUUCGAGAUCCAGCAGCUGAAUAUAAUUGGAAGAUCAAAUUCUCUCGACUCGCAGUAACUUCGAGUUUUUUACCGAAUCAAGAAGCCAUUUUAGAGAACACUCAACUUUUAUUAACUAUGUGAAUCGUGUGUGCUGCGAUGUUGCUUUCAUUAUCCUACUGUGAAUAAUUUGUGUUACCUGAAAUUUUUCUGUUUUGUUUGUUUAAUAAAUAUGCUUCAACCAAACUUCGGUUGGUUUCGCGCAUUGUCUGAUCGAUGCUUGGCACGUCUUAAGAUUUUGAAGCGCUGGUAAUUAAUGAGGUGAAUGUGCGUUUGUAACUUCGAUUAACUUUCACGCAAAUGUCUUAUCAAAAUCAGUACGGCCAUCCGCCACCUCAAAAUUACGGCUACGGCCAGCCCCCACAAAAUUUUGGCUACGGCCAGCCAGGAGCACCAGGAGGGUACGGUGGAGGUGCAUAUGGACAACCAACUGCUCCACCUGGGUUGGACCCCCAGGUGCAUCAGUGGUUCCUGUCUGUUGACCAUGACAAGAGUGGUAAAAUAAAUAUGCACGAGCUUCAACAGGCACUCACAAAUGCCAACUGGACUCAUUUUAAUGCUGAAACUUGUAGGCUAAUGAUUGGAAUGUUUGACAAAGAUCAAAGUGGCCAAAUAGAGAUGAAUGAAUUUCAGGCACUUUGGAACUACAUAAUUCAGUGGAAAUCAGUUUUUGAACAGUUUGAUAGGGAUAGAUCUGGAUUCAUUGAUGCUAAUGAGUUGUGUAAUGCUCUAAACACCAUGGGUUACAAAGUCACCCCACAGUUUGCCAAUCACGUGGUCUUUAGGUAUGACCCCCAGGCCAAGCAGAGGUUAGGACUCGACAAUUUCAUACAGGUCUGUGUCCUGAUCAAGUCAGUGACUGACAUGUUUAGGCAGAGAGAUUCUCAAAUGAAGGGAACCAUUCAAGUGGCCUAUGAAGAUUUCAUGACUAUGGUUAUGCUGAAUAAACCAUAGUAUGAUCAUUUUUUCCCCCGAUUUGUAUAAUUUUUUCUAUAAUUUUAAUUAAAUUUAUUAUAUGAUUUUUUAAUAAUCGAUGUUUAUGAUUAUAUUUUAGUUAAUUAUUAAUUAAAUUAUUAACUAUUAGCUUAUUAAAUGAGAAAAUAUAUAUAAUAUAUAUAUAUUAUAUAUAUAUUAUAUAUAUAAAAUAGCUUAUUAUAUAUAUAUAUACACCUCUUCUUUGUGAUUGAAUUAAUGAAUUACAAUUAAUGAAUUUAAUUGUAAAAAUAAAUGGUAAUAAUUAUUACGAUAUUAAUAAUAUUUAUAAUAAAAUUCUUGUGUAAAUGAAUCGAGAUUAUUACAUAGAUGGAUGAAUGUUACGUAUCGACAGUGUGCAUAUUUGUGUGUGUGUGUGCGUGUGUUAUUGUCUUGAACACUAUGUAUGCUAAAUGUUGAUAAAACAAUCGACGUUUUCUUGAAAAAAUUUAUAUAUUUUUUAUAAAAUAUAAGAUUACACACACACACACACACACACACAUAUAUAUAUAUAUAUAUAUAUAUAUAUAUAUAUAUAUAUAAUACAGAAAAUACACUAAAUGCCCUAA